AAUACACACACCUACCCACAAAAAAAAAAAAAAAAAAAAAAAACCACACACACCAUUAAUGGAGGAAACACAGAGCAAGAGAGGCAAAGAGAGAUGGUCGCUCCACGGAAUGACCGCUCUGGUCACCGGAGGUACCAAAGGAAUUGGCCAUGCGGUGGUAGAGGAGCUGCUGAGCUUCGGGGCGGCGGUGCACACGUGUGCACGGAACGAGGCGGAGCUGCGGUCGUGCGUGGAGCGGUGGAGGGGUAUGGGUUACCCGCAAGUGACCGGAUCCGUCUGCGAUGUAUCGUCGCGGGAGCAGCGCGAGCAGCUCAUGAACGAGGUGGCCUCCCUCUUCGCCGGAAAACUCAACAUACUCGUAAACAACGCAGGAACAGUCAUAGUAAAACCAACUACAGAGUACAGCGAAGAGGAUGCUGGGCGCAUAUGGGCCACUAACUUUGAAUCAGCCUUUCAUCUCAGCCAACUUUCGCAUCCACUCCUGAAGGAGUCGGGACGCGGCUCGAUCGUCUUCAUCUCUUCUGUCGCCGGUGUUGUCGCUGUACCUUACGGGACCCCUUAUGCUGCAACUAAAGGAGCAAUGAAUCAGCUGACGAAGAAUUUGGCAUGCGAGUGGGCGAAGGACAACAUUCGGGCUAACUGUGUCGCGCCUUGGCUUACGAAAACUCCGCUAGCUGAUCCGCUUCUGGACGAGCAGACACUGGCGAAGGUCCGAUCUCGCACGCCACUCGGGCGAAUUGCGGAGGCGGAGGAGGUGUCGUCGGCGGUCGCAUUCCUUUGCCUCCCUGCAGCUUCUUACAUCACCGGACAAACCAUCACCAUCGAUGGAGGCAUGACGAUCAAUGGGUUUUUCUUUAAUUAGAAUAGAAUUUACCUGCUAAACUUAAUUAAUAUCCAUGAUUAAAUAAGGUGGGAAUCAAUAAGAGUUCCAAAGUUGUAGGUUGCUGCUUCCUAUAGGUGCAGAUGUUCCCUAACGAAAGAAUGUGCUUAUGAUCAGCUUAUUGCUAUUUUUGUUUUAAUUUUUU